UCUCCCCCUUUCGAAUUGUACAUAUACCGUUCUCACCAUCAUGGAGACAACCCAAUCUCCAGAACUAUCCUCGGCCCCAUCUGGUGGGACGACUCAAAUCCCCGGCGCCUACGAGAGCCCAGCAACAGAAUCUCUCUUCAAACAGUUAGAGUCGUAUCCUUUUCUCACGGAUCGGGAAUUUGCCAGCGGUCUUUCAAUAAUCCUCGGUCAUCCGGAGACGCCCGCGACUGAAGCCGAGAUUAGCCGCACGGAUGAUCUUGUCCUGCAGGCCAAAUGUUUCUAUUUCUCCAAAAAAGCGAACCUUUCGGCACCUCUAGAUUUCGCGGCUUAUAAACAUUGGUUGGGUUCGGUGACAGCUCCUGCGCCUUCAGAGGGAGCCAAAACCGCGGAGACCCAGCAACAUCAAUUGAACACGUCGACAGCAGUUGAACAACCAUUGACUGAAUCACCGGGGCAAGGAACCCGCCAUCAGGAACCGAGCUACCCUUCUUCAUUCGCACAUAUAGUCGAACUCAUCACUACUGGUCAACCGAUCCCGGGGAUCCAGCAAAUUCCAGACACCGUCUUGACAGGCCAUGACACGCCGAGCUCGAAACCGAGCAGGCAGAAGCCGUGGGAGAAAAAGAAUGCUGAUAACCACACUCAAGAGCAAAACACGGCCACAGGGCAGUAGCUAGUGCGGGCACGCGCGUUGUCCAUUGAUGAUUCCACUUAUAGAAAAAAUAAUCGAAGGCUGUGCUAUUGCUUUAAUGGAAUGAGAAGAUUGAACCACCUGGGGAAGUCACCCCUGCUUUCGGGGCAGAAUAUAAGCAAUAAGGAAUGACCUGAUAUGGUACAUGACAUAUGACCGUGGAUAGAAACACAACAAGUGCUGUUUGAUUCGGUAAACCAACGCUCCUGCAUCAACAAUUCACAUCUGUAAUUGCCACUUUAUGCUCAU